CCCUUGCAGGAAAACCGGAAGACCUUGUUGUUGUGAUGGUAAAACUACACUAGCCACUGUUCAGACGUAUUCCCAAACGAAUGUUAAAAUAAACCAUUUACAGAACGAAACCGGAGUCAAUGUACUAGAAAACAGUGUUAAAGAAUAGUUAUUUAGUGUCACGAAUGGUGUGCAUAGCUUACUAAAGAGGCUUCUCGUUAGCUAUGUUAGCCAUCAGCUAACUGGCUAAGCUAUUUAUCACCAACAACAUAAAUGGUAAAAAUUUGGACCUAAAACAGCUGGAGAAGGUUCAUCAGAGGUCUUUUCACCAUGGAUGUCAGCAUUGCCGUGUCGUUGAUUCGAGGCCAGAUGGGUGCCGUGGUUGAGCGAGCAGUAAACGUAGCGGUGGAGACGGUGCUGGCGGAGAUGCUCAAAGUGGUUGGAGUCAAAUUUGAGGAGCUGAAAGCCCAAGUUGCGUUGAUGAAGAGGGACGCCAUGACGUUGCAGAGGGAAAAAGCCCAAUUAGAGAAGGAGACUGACAACAUUCGAGCCAAACUGCGCUACACCGAGCUGAAGCUGAAGUACUAUAGGCAAGGAGUGGAGGAGGAGCUGCAGCAGAGAGCCUCUGCCUCCACUCUGGUCCGCAUCCACCCGUCCUCCUUUCUUCAAGCACAGAGAGGUGGUGCAUGUGUUUUCUCCACUGACACCUCUCCAUCAUGCUUGACUCAGACCAGGACUUCUGAGGGACCACUGAUGAAAGGAAAUCAAGAAUGCACCUCUCCACAGAGCACGAGCAGGCAAGCAGUACAAGUGUUCUCUCAUUCAGAUGUGGAAGUUGUGAGCAAUGAUACGUCUACCUCACUCUCUGUGAACACACAAACAGACUCUUUCAACAGCAGUACAGUUUUUAUCUGUCCCACAGAGCGAGACACAGAACAGAGAAAGGAUCAGGAGGACGACUGUGAGUGGACCCUCACUCAGCAGCCACAUACAGAAGGUGUGGACGCUGCCGAGGUCCCCCCCACUGUCCAGGCCCUGACUCUGGACCCGCGCCAGCAGUCAGCCGCUGAUUCGUUGCCCCCUUAUGGUUCCACGCAGGCCGAUAGCUCCACUCUGACGUCCUCUGCUCCACAGGUGAAGCAGGAGGCCCAGGAGGAGGAGGAGCAGCAGGAGGAGGUGAUCUGUAUCAAGGAGGAGCCAGAGGAAGAGCAGGAGGUGAUGUCCACCCUUCUCCUGGACUGCCAGGUGCAGCAGGGUUAUCGUCCAGAUUCAGAGGCUCAAAAGUCAGUGACGGAGUGGUCUGGCCUUCCAACGAGCCAGAGAAAUCACACUGCAGCCUUCAGCUCAGCCCGACCAACCACCUAUGGGAUGCCUCAGUCGGGGGCCUCCCUGCAAUCAAUGGUGGCUUUGCCAUCUGGCAUCCCGCCACGCCAGGCGGUGCGGCCUUGGACUAAAGACCUCAGCCUUUAUGAAGAAUACAAACUGCGCAGGAAUGAGCUGCGUAGGCGAAGCAUCAACAAACGCAGAGAGCUGGAGAAGACGCUACCUCAGCCGCUGCUGGCAGAUCUGGUGCGAGAGCGUCGAGAGAAGACCAGGCUGCGGGUUGCCAGAUGGAGGGCAAAAAGGAAACUACAGGCCUGUAUUAACCAGACUCAGGCUCUAGGUGGCGCAGCAGGUCUUUGUCAAGCUGGCUUUCCCCACAGCAGCCAGCACCAGCAACUCAGAGUUACUUGUGCUGCCACCUCCAGCAGUCAGCAGGGACAGAGCUCAGCGCUGCCUCCGUCAGUCCUUAACAACAUGUCUGCAGCAAACGGCAUCUCUGCCUCUCUCCCCUUCAUGCCCUCCACCUCUUCCUCCUCCUCACCUUUGCUUCCCAGAGGCCCAAACAUGGCUGCACAUCAACACACUGUGACAUCAUCCUCUUCCUACCCCCAGGUCAGCCUAUUGCAGCAGAGUAUCUCUCUGACAGACACAGAUGUCUUGCAGUAAGAUGUUUGAAAGUCAAGAGAGAUUUUUUAAGAAUGUGUUUUUUAAUAUAUGUCAUUGUUGGUGUUCAGGAAAGGUCAAUCAAACAGAGGCAUUGAACUCCCAUUCACAACACAAUUACAGUAGAUCAUGUGCGCAAAAACAUGAAAUCCCUCCUUUAUUGAGCAUAGAUGACAGUCUUUUAAAGUCACGAUGGAUAUUUAUCAGGUUUAACCUACAAUCACCUUAUCCCUUCACAUAUGUACAAACCCAAAAAUGAGAGCACCUGAUAUGGAUCUCCUUGUCUUAAUUCUCCUUUUACAUCAUUUACACUUAACAUCCAAUAUAGUAGUUCAACAAAACAGCUACUGUAAACUCAUUCAAUCAAAU